GUUAGAGCCCGAGUGCCGGGAAGUAUAUACUCAGACCUGAGACGUGAGGGCGUACUUAAGGAGUCCCUACUGUCCGGCGAUAAUAAUGUGAAGUAUCGGUGGGUUUCGUACGACAACUGGACGUUUGAGCGCAAAUUCAAUGCGCCGACGACCAGACCGGACCUUUGGAUGACGUGGACUCUUGAGACACCGUUGAUCCGGACUUUUUCGCAGGCAUUGGUACGGAUUCAGGCGCCCAACCCGUCAGUUCACGGGGUGGACGUAAUCGGGCACUAUUGGCCGGCGCCGGAUUGGCUGGUGGUACUAAAAAAAGCCGACCCUGGUGUUUUGAUCGUAUCCCGUGAAUCGCAGCCAUUAAGUGGCAAUGACUACCAGUCCCAGAGACUCAACAAUGUCGGUGCCAUUCAGCCAAAGACCAUCAUUAUAAGCAAUGUUGGCAAUAGUGGUGACGACCAGUCAUCCUCUGGUGCCGACAGCACAGGUAACCCAAUGCGUGACGUUAUCAUGAAUGUAAUCCACAGUCAGCUGAGACAAGCGGCUGCGGAGGCCAACGGCACGGAUGGCAACGGUAUUCCCGAAAUGGUAUUCACAGACCCGGAGCAACACAUCUCUGGCCAACAACAACAGCAACAACAACAACCCCAACAACAACGACCACAACAACAGCCUGCGCUGACCGCCGGCGCCGGCAUUAUCGAGAGAGUGUACACAAUGCCGGCCACAACCCGACUGAUUCGCACCGAACAACAAUCGGACGGCCAGUCGGACGCCAAACACUUUUACAUACCGUUCCGCUCGGCAUCGAAGGCGUCGGCCAGUAUGUGGAGAAGUCCGUUGCCGUUCUUCCGGCAGCCAAUGGGCGGAGAGGGCCACCCGUGCCAGCACGGCAUGAAUGGUAUGCGCCGACAGCGUAAGGGCAGAAACAUGAGACGGAGA